GGAGAAGUCGGAUCAACUUCAAGUCUGAGUCUGAGAGAUGGCCCCUGUCAAACUGAAGAAUGUUGUUUCAUUCAGCUCUCAAGAUACAGAUCAUUGUGCAAAAAACCUUCUAGAAACUAAUCAAUGGAGACGUUGGUUGUGUGCUCCUGGUGAUCGAUCUGGGUCGGUUCAAGCAGAGUUUCAACUGGAGAGAGCUGUAAGGAUUGGAUUCAUAGAUAUUGGUAACUAUGGAUCCGCAUUGAUUGAGAUUCUUGUGCGUCGGUCAUCUGCCUCUGAUGAUCAGUUUAAGACUCUGGUACCAACCACAAGCUGUAUGACACCCAUGGAUAGUAAACAGGGCAAGAACAAAACAGGUGUCAAGAUGUUCUCUAGAGACCAACUUUGUGAAGAUGCUCGUGAUGAGUACUGGGACCGAAUCAAGGUGGUUUGCAGGCAACCCUUCAAGAAAGAUGCUCAGUUUGGUCUUGCGUUCAUCAAGAUUAGUUCCGUUGAGGAGAAAGAGAAUGUCGCUGAAGAUAGACAGCCGCAUGUCAAGCAUACAGAGAUAAAGAAGCCUGUCCCGAAACCUAAGCCUGUCCAGAAACAAGAAAAGGUCUCGAUCCUUUCACCAUCUUGGAAGUCAAAUGCUGCAUUCCAGAAAAAAGUGAAUGCGAUCAACCCUGGAGAGAAUAGUGCAACAUUAGACCUUAAAGACAGGCUUGUCAGGAUAGAGUCUACCUCAGAGUCUAAGUCUCAGAGUGGACACUCCUUGGGCAGAGCUGCACAGAUCAUCUUAGCUGCAUCAGGGAAAAGAGUGCCCUUAUCGACCUCCCAGUCGUCCAUCAAUAAUGAGAACUCAUCAACAUCAUCAUCGGGAGCUACGAUGCCAACUGCAUCACUUUCAACUCCUCAACCACCCCCUUCUUUAUCUUCAUCGUCAUCAACAGGGACCAAGAGAGGAAAAGGAAAGAACAAGACGUCUGUCUUGGAGCAGCCACCUGAUGAUGCGGCUCUUCUUCUUGAGGAACAGGUCAAAGAGUUUCUGUCCCAUGUAGGCCCCGCAUUAAAAGAUGCUACUCUCACAGAAUUGAGACCCAAGUUUGAGAGUUGCCUCGGCCGGAAACUAGUAAAGAGCGAGAAAGCAAUCUUCAAGCGAUUGGCCAUUCACGCAGUAGAAGCCUUGGAUGACCCAGCAGGGACCGAUACACCAGACAUUGGACUGAGAAGGACAAGCAAGAAAGAGAGUGGAUGGCUACAAGCCAAACCCACCCCUAGAAUACCAAAUGUUGGAUCAUGCCAUAGGGAUGCCAGCUCAGGAUGGAUACAAGCUAAGCCCACCCCUAGUACACCAAAUGCCGGACCAUGCAGUAAGGAUGCCAGCUCGCUGAAUAACAGAUGGUCACAAGCUAAUUCCUCACGGCCAAAUAUACCAAUCUCUGGACCAGCUAGGAAUAGCAAAAACAAUGGAUGUUUACAGUCAUCGCCGCCUUCUACCUUCUCAAACCCUCCUAUUAGGGACGAUAUCAGGAUCCCCUAUUCUGGCAUCAAUCCUAAAGACCCUGUGGACAAAGGACGUGACCUUCCAUCUUGGAUGAACUCCCCUGCUCAAAGUGGUGAGGGCAAACCGUGCCCCAAAUGUGGAGGGUUGUUUCCUGCAUCUCGUAUGAACGUUCACAUCUGGGAUUGCCAAGGGAAACGAGAAUCAACGCCAGUUAGAUCAUCACCAAGUCCUGCAACCCACCUGAAACGUAGAGCCAACAGUCUGAUCCAUGAACAUCACAAUGACUUGUCAUCAAAGAGGCAUACAGGUGCUGGGAUAUUUGGUGGAGGAGUUACCAUGGCAACUGAUGCAGCAACAUCAGGGAUAAACAACGGGGAGGAAGAUAUGUGGACUCCAAGGAGAGGUGGGCGAGGAAGUAAGCGUGGUUCCAAUGGUAGAACAGGAAGAGGGCGUGGUGGGAAGAACAAUGGUCAAACAAAUGCCACCUCCACCCCUGGACGAGGGCGUGGUAGGGGUAUAGGUAGGGGGAGAGGUAGAGGUGGUACAAAAUCAGCGACCAAGAAGGGAAAGAACCCUACCUCAGUAGAAUAUGUUGAUCCACUCUCAAGCUCCGACGAUGAAGUUGAUCAUGUGACACCUUCGACUUCCGUUAGAGGUAGGGGGCGGCGAGGGCGUGGCCAGCCCGGGGGUAGGGGACGAGGUCGAGGACAGGCUAGGUCACCUGCAAAUGCCUUACCGAACCCAUGGACCAACUCACCUGGAAGCUCUGAUGUCUCUGACGACAUGGACACCUCAUAUCAUGAUCCUCAGCCAGGAAUGCUCUUGGACUUGGUCCCCUGUCCCAUCUGCAACCAGGAGUUCCCUCAGUGCAGCAUAGAAACCCAUGCAGCAUUCUGUGGAGAGUCAGGAGGAGGGAUGCAUGGUGGUGGGCUUGGGUUGGGAGGCUUUGGUGCCCUAAGUGGGGGUUUUCUCAGGGAUGUUGAAGCUGCUUUAUGGGUUGACUGAUCAUGAAAAUAUGGAAAGGGACAAGUUUCAUCUCUAAUGACUGAUGUCGUUUGAUCAUGAAAAAUGUAUUUUGUAUUCUAUUUGUAAAUAGAACAUUUGUCAGUAUUAAACUUUGCAGCUUUGAGUAUGGAAAGAUGGCGUUGUCUGGAGAAUAGUUUCCUGAUACUUUUUUUUUAACUCAAAACUUGCCAGUUAUUUUGUAUUAUACCAUAUUAAUGAACCAGACAUCGGACUGCUGUGCCAUUAAUGAAAUAGGGAAACAUAAAAUGUAUGGUACGACGAAGCUCAGCAAUAUCUAUGUGUUCAAAGUCAGUGGGAUAUAUGGGCAAUAAUAUUGUUGCAAGAUAGGAGGCAAAUUGAAAAGAAAUUAGUGAACCAAUCAAUCUCAAUGCAAAUUAGCUUGUCCACAAUUGCAUGGUCAAACAUGGAGAUUUAGUCCCACCGUGUCUGAACAUUAUGGAAAAUGUUGCUGAGCUAAAGUUGUCGCAUUGUUUUUGGACAAAACUUAUUUUAGGAGUACAUUUAUGCAGUUUAUAUUCACUUUGACUACAAACAGUCGGUCUGUUUCUCAGGUAGUCUAAUUGCUGUUUGGUCUACACUGCAUUUGGUCUAAUGCCCACCUAGCCUAAUUCUCAUUUCAUCUAAUGCUCAGUUGGUCUAACUUCCAAAUCAUCUUAUUUUUUUACUUUGGAAAAUUGAUAUUUGGUUCAUAAAGAUUUCAUCUAACCAUAAAUACUAAAAAGUGGUGAUAGACCAAGUGGAUUUUGGACAGAAUGGUAUACGGUAUAGCAUAAUCAGAAAUUAGAAUUGUAUUAGAUCAAUUGUUUAGGAGGUAAAUGGUUUUAGAUGAACCAGGAUUAAACCAUGUGGGACGAGACAAAAUGGAAAGUAGAUGAAGUAGGUGUAAACUAAUCAGCCGUUUGCUCUGCUACUUUGUCAUUAAUCUUGUAUUUUGUGUAUUUAUAUUCAUGUAAAUGUAGUACACAGAGCUGCCAACUAUUAAGAAAAAGUCACAAUUCUUAUACCAUAUUGAUGAACCAGACAUCUGACUGCUGUGCCAUUAAUGAAAUAGGGAAAAAUAAAAACUGUAACCUGAUUGCAUAUGGUACAACGAAGCUCAGCAAUAUCUGUGUGUUCACAAUUCUUAUGAUUUUCAUGUCAAAUCGUGCCUCAAUGCUUCUGACCUUAAUUAUUAUUCUUUUGAGGGAAAACAAGUAUGUUAACA